AUUCUGAAUUAAAUCUGAACCUGUACCCUGAAGAGCUACAGGAUUUUGGAAGCUGAAUCAAUGUUAUCAGAUGAGUUAGAAUCCAAACCAGAGCUUCUGGUACAGUUUGUUCAGAAUACCUCCAUCCCACUGGGACAGGGACUAGUCGAGUCAGAAACUAAGGACAUUACUUGCUUGUCACUCCUUCCAGUGACUGAAGCCUCAGAAUGCAGUCGGCUAAUGUUACCAGAUGAUACUUCAAAUCAUACUAAUUCCUCCAAGGAAGUUACUUCCUCAGCUGUAUUGAGAAGCCUUCAGGUGAAUGUGGGCCCAGACGGAGAAGAGACAAGGGCUCAGACUGUACAGAAGUCCCCGGAGUUUUUAUCCACUCCAGAGUCUCCUAGCUUGUUACAAGAUCUACAGCCAAGUGAUAGCACUUCUUUUAUUCUUCUUAAUCUAACAAGAGCAGGUCUGGGCUCUUCGGCUGAGCACUUAGUGUUUGUACAAGAUGAAGCAGAGGAUUCUGGGAAUGAUUUCCUCUCCAGUGAAGGCGCAGACAGCAGCAUUCCGUGGUUCCUCCGGGUGCAGGAGCUGGCCCAUGACAGCUUGAUCGCUGCUACUCGUGCCCAGCUGGCAAAGAGUGCCAAAACCAGCAGUAACGGAGAAAAUGUCCACCUCGGUUCUGCUGAUGGGCAGCCCAAAGAUUCUGGAGCCCUUCCUCAAGUGGAGAAGAAGCUCAAGUGUACCGUUGAAGGAUGCGACCGGACAUUUGUGUGGCCAGCUCAUUUCAAGUAUCAUCUCAAAACUCACCGAAAUGACCGCUCCUUCAUCUGCCCUGCAGAAGGCUGUGGAAAAAGCUUCUAUGUGCUGCAGAGGCUGAAGGUACACAUGAGGACACACAAUGGGGAGAAACCCUUUAUGUGCCCUGAGACCAGUUGUGGCAAGCAGUUCACUACAGCUGGAAACCUCAAGAACCACCUGCGCAUCCAUACAGGAGAAAAACCUUUUCUUUGUGAAGCCCAAGGAUGUGGCCGUUCUUUUGCUGAGUAUUCCAGUCUGCGAAAACAUCUGGUGGUUCACUCAGGAGAGAAGCCUCAUCAGUGCCAGGUGUGUGGGAAGACCUUCUCGCAGAGCGGAAGCAGGAAUGUGCACGUGAAAAAGCACCACCUGCAGCUGGGAGCAGCUGGGAGGCAGGAGCAGGAGCAGACCGCUGAGCCACUCCUGGGCAGCGGUUUGCUUGAAGAGGCUUCAGUACCCAGUAAAAGCCUGGUAUCCAUGGAUGCCCGGCCCAGCCUCGGUGGAGAGUCCUUGAACCUGCCAAACACCAGUUCCAUCCUGGGAGUCGCUGAUGAGGUGCUUACUGAAGGAUCCCCACGUCCCCUGUCUUCAGUGCCUGAUGUAACCCAUCACUUGGUGACCAUGCAGUCAGGGAGGCAGUGCUAUGAGGUUUCUGUCCUAACAGCGGUAAACCCACAGGAGUUACUAAAUCAAGGAGAUUUAACUGAAAGACGGACAUGAGCUGGGGUGCUGCCUUCGAAGGAGCAGCUCUGUCUGAUUCCAGAGCGCACAGUGGGUGCAGGACCAAGCCCUCAGCCCCGCCGGAACCAAAAUAAAUCUGUGAAGGACGAAACCCCGCUUUUGCCUCUUCACUUACUUCCCUGGCAGAGACCAUGAGUGUGCGAGAGCUGCUCCACAGCCACCCCGUGAUCCCGACAAGAAGCACAGCAGAGGCUGGGCCGGGUCACUGCCUGCCUCUUCUCGCUGCGGAAUUCUGGGACAGACUUCUCCCAGAGGCAGAUUGGGUUAUGUGCUGGCUGAUGUCCUCAUGACGACUGUGGAAGGGAGGUUUUCCUUCGAGGUUUCGUCCCAGACCCAGCUCUUUUCACGUGGAUGGUCAGCAUCCUGCUGUCAACCACUAAACUCCUUGCGUUUUCAAGAGGCCUUGUUGCUUUGAAGAAGGGAGCAGUGUCCGUUCUGUCAUGGUGUUCUCCCUUCGGCAACCUGAGUAAGAGACUCUCAGCCAUCGGGCUGCACAAAGGAAUUACUUGAAUCGCCCCUUGGCCCACGCUGAGGUUCUGUCUUGUCCUGUCCACCUCUGCCCCGUCACUUUGCUUUCCUUGUUGACGGAACACACAGUAGCAUGUUAAGAGGGUUUUUGUUUUUCAAGUCUUUUUUUUUUUUUUUUUUUUUAAGUUAAAAAUCACUGAUACAAAGCUUCAGUUUUCCCUUAAAAUAAACAAAACAGCCCAAUGAGUUGCUUGGCCUUUGUUUUGCAUAUAACAUAGUUCCCUUAAAAGGAGAUUAAGAAAAUAAUUCCGUCUUUCACUUUAAGAUGGGGCCAUAAUUCACCCUUAAGAUCCCAUGUAGCUAAAACUGAUGGAGCCUAAGAAACGUGAUAUGAGAGUCUCCAUCAGCCUGUGAACACAAGGCUCUCUUAGAAACUUUCUCUGUCUAGGAACAUGGCAGGCGUAAC